AUGACAAAGCUAAAGGAUACGUUGCAGUCUGUUGAGGUAUUAAAAGAACUGGUGGAAAUCCUAUACACAACACCAGAGGAUAAGCUUAUCGACGUUUAUGAUCAGUUUGAAUUUUUCAAGAAUGAACUUAGCUCACUCUUAUCAACCAUAACUCGGUAUAGGAUUGAGAUAAACUCUAGCGACGAAACUAGACUUACUUUUGGACCGAAGACACGGCAAACAGUACAGUCGUUGGUUUACAAUUAUGACAAAUUAUAUGAGCUGUAUGAGGAGCAUUUAUGCCCGAGGUUCUUGCCAAUCGAACCUCUAUACAGGGAAAAGACAAAAAUUGUCAGUGUUCCUUCUGAACCGGAAAAAUCUAUUGAAGAGCAGACCCGCAUUGAGCUUGAACAGAUUAACAUCGCCAAAGAAAAGAUGAAACAAAAUGCUGUAAUGGCUGUUGACUUUAGCGAAAUUAAGGACCAGGAUACAGAUGUAGAUUCUGUAAUCUCUAGAUUAGAAGAAGUUUAUAAGAACCACUCUGCAGAAGAUCUCGAGGGUGUACUAGAGAGUAUACACAGGGAACACCCGGAGGACUUUAUAAAGAUCGUGGAGAACAUUAAUGCACUGCUUUCUGAAAUUGCAAAGAGGCCGGAUGAGCUGAACUUGAGGAUUUUGCGCAUAAAGAAUCUAAAGUUGCAGGAAGACUUUUUGCAGUAUACCCACUCAGUCGUUUUAUUAAAGCAUGCCAAGUUCAGAAUUGUCCACUCGCUGGAGAUUCAGGAUCAGUUGAAACAAGUAAACUGCGGAGAGGAAAACGACUUCUUCUUGUAUAUGCACGAACCAGACAUGUUCACCUUUUAUAACCGAUGGAAGGCGUGGUUAGAUUCGCUCACUCAGACCAGCAAUAUUCUCUUGAAAUUUUUAAGGAGCUACAGGAGCCUCCUGAGGAGUGGUGCUACUGAUGUCAUUAAGCAGGCGUUUCUAGCCGCUUCACAAUGA